AUGGUAUUCCAACUAGAUUUAUCAAAGACUACUGAUUUAUUCCAUAAAAUUUGUAAAACUAAGAACCAUGUCUAUACUUAUGGUACAGCUGGGUUUCGUGAUAAAGCCGCCAUUCUAGAUACUGUAAUGUUUACUACAGGCUUUGUUGCUUGUUUACGUUCAUUGUCUCAUGAUGGUAAAGCUGUAGGUGUAAUGGUUACAGCUUCUCAUAAUCCUCCAGUUGAUAAUGGGGUUAAGAUUGUGGAACCCAAUGGGAGUAUGCUAAGCCAAGAUUGGGAACCAAUUGCUACUGAUCUAGCAAAUUUAGCUUCUCAAGGUAAAAUUGAUGAAUUAGUUCAAUUUGUUAAUGCCAAACUGAUUGAAUUGAAUUCAAACAAAGUUCCAACUUUAAUUGUCGGUCGUGAUUCGAGGGAAUCAAGUACUUCAUUAUUAGAAUGUUUAAAAGAAGGUUCAUUAAAAUUAUUUGAUGCUAAAAUUGUUGAUUAUGAAUUAUUGACCACUCCACAAUUACAUUUCUUAACAAAUGCUUAUAAUUUAGAAAAAGAUUUACCAAAGGAAACUGAUUAUUAUCAUCAUUUUAACAAUGCAUGGGAUCAACUAAUUUCUAUAAAUAAUGAUGCUUCAUCUUCUACAUCAAACAAAAUCGAAUCAUUAAUAAUUGAUUCUGCUAAUGGUAUUGGUGGUCCAAAAAUGGAAAACUUAUUAAAAUAUUGGAAAACAAAUUAUAAGGUUAGGUUAAUUAAUAAUAACUGGAAACGUCCAGAAUCCCUAAAUAAUAAUUGUGGUGCAGAUUACGUAAAGACAAACCAAAAAUUACCAAAUGGUAUUACUACAGAUAUCAUAAAUGAAAGUUCAAAAAAUGUAAUCCAUUGUUCAUUUGACGGUGAUGCUGAUAGAGUAGUUUUCUAUUAUCAAGAUCCACAAUCAAACACUUUUAAUCUUUUAGAUGGUGAUAAAAUUUCGACACUUUUCGCUAAUUUCAUUUCAAUGCAAUUAAAAUUAGCUGGCAUUGAUUAUGAAAACGAAAUUAAAUUAGGGGUUGUUCAAACUGCUUAUGCAAAUGGGAGUUCUACUAACUACCUACAACAAAACUUGAAGAUUCCAGUCGCAUGUGCCAAGACAGGUGUAAAACAUUUACAUCAUGAAGCUUGCACUAGAUAUGAUAUUGGUGUUUAUUUUGAAGCUAACGGUCAUGGUACAAUUAUCUUCUCGGAAAAUUUUUAUAAAAUCAUUAACCAAAAGAUAAAUGCUGAAUCACAAAUUGAAAACACCCCUAAAUUACGUGCGUUGAAAACUUUAAAAGUACUAUCAGCUUUAAUUAAUCAAACUGUUGGCGAUGCAAUCUCAGAUAUGAUGGGUGUGAUGGCAGUUCUCGCUAUAUUGAACUGGACUCCACAGAUUUGGAAUAAGGAAUAUACUGAUUUACCAAACAAAUUGGCAAAAUUAGUGGUACCAGAUAGAUCUGUCUUUGAAACUACUGAUCAAGAACGUAAAUUAACAUCCCCAGCUGGAUUACAAUCUAAAAUUAAUAAGAUCGUUGCAAAGUAUGAAAAUGGUAGAUCAUUUGUUAGAGCUAGUGGGACUGAAGAUGCUGUCAGGGUUUAUGCAGAAGCUUCAGAUGAUGUAAAUAAACUUUGCCAAGAAGUUCUUGAUGCUACUGCAGAAAGUGUUAAUUAA